AUCAUUUGGACAACCUCAAAUGUGCCUAUCCUUACCUAGUACAUUCAGUAUCAUGGAUAGAAAUUUCAAAGAAUCAUUAAUAAUUUUAGUUUAGUAAUAUACUACCUAUCUAAUUAAAUGGGAGUACAACUCAAAUAUGAAAAUACAUUCCUAUAGAAUUUUAUUUAUAAUUUCUAUUUGGACAAGGACUAACUACCAAAUGCUAACUAUCUGACUUCGUAUGAACUUUCAAUUACUACUAUAUUUUCCCCAACAAAUAUGAACACAAUUUAUCAAAUUACAGUUUAUUUUUAUAAUAAUUGGAGAUGAAAAAAGAAAAGAAAAAGAAAUGGCUCAUUAUUUUGAUUCUUCUUCUUCUUCUUUAGUUCCUCCUUUGAUAGUUAAAGCCAGUAAAGUUGACCUUGAAGCUGGAAACGUUGACCAAAUUCAGUGUCGAAUUUGCCUUGAAAGUCAUGGUAGGGACUUUAUUGCACCUUGUAAAUGCAGGGGUACAUCAAAGUAUGUUCACCGAGAAUGCCUUGAUCAGUGGCGUGCUGUUAAGGAAGGAUUUGCAUUUUCCCAUUGUACGACCUGCAAGGCUCCCUUUUACUUGAGAGUUAACGAUCUUCAAAGAAAAUGGCGAACUUUAAAGUUUCGGUUCUUUGUGACCAAAGACAUUUUGUUCGUCUUUCUCUCAGUUCAGCUUGUUAUAGCUUCACUAGGAUAUUUAAUAUAUGAGAUUGAUACACACCAGAAGUUUUGGCUUCGUUUGCAUUGGGGGUUUGGUAGCGAAGUGGGCUUCUAUUACAUUUGCGGGGCACUGGUGUUUUUCGCUUUGGUGGGCAUAUCUGGUUGUUUCUUAACUUGCUUUGAUGAAAGUGUGCGCGAUGAUUUGAGUCUUCCCUGUUGGAAUGCGUUGUCUUGUUGCUCUUGCAAUGGAAUGUGUGCAGACUGUCAGACGCGUACGCCUCAUCCAGGUACAACUUAUAUCUGCAUUGAUUCCAACAUAUGCUCUGAUUGUUCAAACUUGUCAUGUGAGUGUUGCUCCGAGAAUGAAUCUUGCACGGACUGCGAAUGUGGGAAUUGCUUAGGAGGAGACAGUGAUCAAUCUGGGAUAGAAGGAUUAUUAGUUGUUGCUGUAAUUGUGCUAGCAUUAUUUGCCCUCCUUGGCAUGGUUUACAGUGUUUUGGUUGCUACAAUGGUUGGACAGAGAAUUUGGCAACGACACUACCAUAUACUUGAGAAAACGAUGCUCACAAAGGAAUACGUUGUGGAGGACGUUGGUGAGGAACCUCGAAGUGAUUGGUCACCGCCGCCACUGCCACAGCAACAUGUUCGGAAGCUGGAAUCACUUGGACUUCUAUAAACUUGAAGGAGUUAACAAAGGAAACUACAGAUGGAUUAAUACAUAUUGGCUCAAGUUAGGGGUGUACAUAGGUCGGGUUGGUUCGGUUUUUCAUUAAAAUAUAACCAAACCAAUAAUAUCGGUUUUAUAAAUCUAUAAACCAAAUCAAAUCAAUAUACAAUCGGUUUUUCGGUUUU